AUGUGCCGCUGGGCCGCGCUAUGGCUUUGUUCCAUGGCCGCGUCGGCCGUCAAUGACGACGGUCGACUCUACGGAGAGCUCAUCUCGGCGGUGAAUCGCACUGAUGCAGACGCUAUUCAAAGGCUUCUUGCCAACAAGACUGACGCAGUGCAGCUCCUUCUCAGGAGCAGUGUCAAUGCAUGGUUCGACGGCGUUCCUGCACCUGGUGAAGGGAGCCUGCUUCACUUUGCGGCCUUCCGGGGCGACGUGGAUGUCAUGCGGCUGCUCCUGGAUGCCUGGCCAGCAGGCCUGCAGCAAAGGAAUUAUCGCGGCCAGGCGCUGUUGCACCACGCAUGCUGGAACGGCAGCAUGGAGCUCUCGCAGUGGUUACUCCUACAAUGGCCCCAAGGCCUGAAGGUUGCCGACGACUGGGGCAGGACGGUUUGGCACCAUGGAGCGCGUAGUGGCAACGUGGAGCUUUUGCAGUGGUUGCACACGCAAUGGCCCGGAGGCUUGAAGAUUGCCGACGCUGACUACACGGCUUGGCACUACGGAGCGAGGAGUGGCCACGUUGAGGUCUUGCAGUGGUUGUACAUCCAAUGGCCCGAAGGCCUGAAGGUUGCCGACGAAGACGGCCAGACGGCUUGGCACUAUGGAGCGAGGAGCGGCAACGUGGAGGUCUUACAGUGGUUGCUCAUCCAAUGGCCAGAAGGCCUGAAGGUUGCCGACACCAGGGGCAGGACGGUUUGGUAUCAUAUAGCGCGUAGUGGCAACGUGGAGCUUUUGCAGUGGUUGCACAUCCAAUGGCCCGAACGCCUGAAGGUGAAUGCCGGCUUGGCGACGGCCUGGCACCAUGGAGCAUGGAGUGGCAACAAAGAGGUCUUGCAGUGGUUGCACAUCCAAUGGCCGGAAGGCCUGAAGGUUGCCGACAACUGGGGCCAGACGGUUUGGCACUAUGGAGCAAGGAGCGGCCACGUGGAGGUCUUACAGUGGUUGCACAUCCAAUGGCCUGAAGGCCUGAAGGUUGCCGACAUCACGGGCAAGACGGCUUGGCACGAUGGAGCGUGGAGUGGCAACAAAGAGGUCUUGCAGUGGUUGCACAUCCAAUGGCCGGAAGGCCUGAAGGUUGCCACCUACUCGGGCCAGACGGUUUGGCACUAUGGAGCGAGGAGUGGCCACGCAGAGGUCCUGCAGUGGUUGCACAUCCAAUGGCCUGAAGGCCUGAAGGUUGCCGACAACAGCGGCGAGAUGCCGUUGAACUAUGUAGACUUCUGGGGCAAGGUGGAAUUCUUGCAGUGGUUGCUCACCCAGCCCGAAGGGCUCAUCAGGUAUGUCGACAACUGGCACCAGACGGUUUGGCACUACGGAGCGAGGAGUGGCCACGUUGAGGUCUUGCAGUGGUUGUACAUGCAUUGGGCCGAAGGCCUGACCGCCUACUCGGACAUGACGGCUUGGCACUACGGAGCGUGGAGCGGCAACGUGGAGGUGUUGCAGUGGUUGCACAUCCAAUGGCCCGAAGGCCUGAAGGUUGCCGACACCGGGGGCCAGACGGCUUGGCACUACGGAGCCAGGAGCGGCGACGCGGAGGUCUUACAGUGGUUGCACAUCCAAUGGCCCGAAGGCCUGAAGGUUGCCGACACCUGGGGCCAGACGGUGUGGCACCAUGGAGCAGCGAGGGGUGGCCACGUCCUGGUCCUGCAGUGGUUGCACGUCCAAUGGCCCGAAGGCCUGAAGGAUGUCGAUGCCUUUGGCGACACGGCGUGGCGCCUUGGAGCGGCUGAGAGCAACAAGGAGCCCCUGCAGUGGUUGGUCAGUCUUUGGCCCGAGGGCCUGGAGGUUGCCCAUGAUGCUCUCCCACAUUUCUUGCGGGAGCAGCGGCCCGAAGCGCUGGAGAUUCUGGAGUGCAAGAUCCUCGUUCCUUUUGUCUGCGGAACGUCAACGAUCGACCAAUCCUGGAGGAGUGCCAUGGCCGAACUUCAAUGCGCGAGUCCGGAACUGCUCUCCCAGUCUGACCUGCAGGCGUGGCUUGAGGGCUGCGGAGGCCGCCCCAGCUGGAGUGACGACUUCGGCACCCUCGCGGCGCGGCUUCGUGAUGCCGAAGCGAAGGCAUUCUUGGAACCUCUGAUCGGGCUGGACGGCUUGAUCGUGACCACGCUUCAAGACUGGGCAGCAUGGGCUUGUGUCGUUUCAGCUGCAAGCGCAGCACUUGCAGCCGUGUGUCUUGAGGCUAGACUGACGAAGCCGAGGGGAACGGGAGUGCAAUCGUAUCAGGCGUCAUCGGAGGGCGUGGGCGAUGACUUCCGUGAGGGUGCCACACGAUGUGUAUGCCAAGCUUUGUCACCACCUGCUAGGUUCACAAGGGCUUGGCGGUGGCUAGAAGUUUUGGUCGCCACAUUCUGGCUGGGCCCUGCGAUGUUAGUGACGCACUGGGCGUGGUGGCUACCAAUCGUCCUCGUUUUCUACGCAGUCCCUGCAUUCAUAUUCACAACAGCAAACAAGCUGCGGCUCAAGCUCGAAGACGCAGACUCGCCAAUCAAGUUCACAGCAGCAAAAAAGCUGCGACUCAAGCUCGAAACGUUGCUGAAGUCCCCGGUGCUGGUCAUCAUGACUCCAACGACGAAGGGCCCCGUGCCGCAGGUAGCUGGCCUCUGUCGCACCAUGGCCCUAUCCGGGGUUUGGUUCGCGAUCGCGCACAAUGCCAGCCAACUGCCGCUCCCAAUUGUCAACCCCGACUUCCAGGACUUUGAGAGCAAAAAAUACGCUGCGUGGAGGUAUAGCCAUCUUCACCAUCACUGGAUGUUUCCAUGGGCCUCGAAAACAAUCACUGCCGCCAACAUUUUCGACGUGGCGACAACGUUAUGCCCAGCUGUCAUCAUCCUGUACUCCGUGUGUCUUUUCUGUGCAUCUCUACAGCACUUGGUUCCCUUGUCUGCGGUGCAACGCUUGCCCGCGUGGCUCAAGGUGAACAAGGCCAACAGACACGAACGACAGAAGUUGAGGGACAGGCUUCUGAAGGAGAAGACGUUGCCAGAUGAAGUGGAUGGCAGACUCAAGCCCGUCGUUCUUCUUCGCCCCCCUCCCUGGGAAGGAAGAGCGCUGUUGCCAGCUAUGGCGUUGCUGGUUCUGGACGUAGGCCUAGACUUCAAGACGCUCUUGGACUUCCUGGUGGCACGGCACUACCUGUUCGCCGCAGUCAUGACCUUCAUCGUGAUCCGCAGCACCCUGAAACAAUUCACCAUCCUCGCCCCUUGGAAGCUCCGGCAGGCGAUAAAGGCCAGCCGGGCACGAGGCCUGCUGCGGGAGGAUCUCUUGCACUUCCUGGAUGAAGAGAGACGCUCCGAAGCUUUCUUCUGCGGGUGCAUCACUGCCUACGCCAUCUUGUAUGCAGCCCAGACAGCCGGCCAGCUGAUCAUACAACUCUGCAGCCUCCUGCUCAGCACAUGGCUAUUUUCAGGCUAUGCCGUCCGUUUAUGCGACAUGGAUAUGGAGGGGCUCGAGGAUGGUGACGAGCUCGACAGCGCGGUGCCUGCGGACCUUGAAGCUCAACCUUGCAAGGAUGAGGACCCUGCUGCCAACGAUGAGCCGAAGGGUCCUGAUCAUGCAGCCGUGGAUCCGCAGGAGCCAGAUGUGGGCAGUUCGACCCUGGAGAAGGAGCUCUUCGAUAUUCCUGGCGCCAUGCCAGACCCAGAGCUCUCCGACUUGCCGAAGGCAUCCGAGGCUCAGAAGGCUCCUGAUCCAGGCGACCCCGUAGCCGCGGAUCAGGAAGAGCCGAGCAAGCCACAUCCGACCCUGGAGGCGGCCUCGCAGGAGCUCUCCGACAUGCCGAAGGCAUCCGAGGCUCGGAAGGUUCCUGAUCCAGGCGACGCCGUAGCCGCGGAGCAGGAAGAGCCGAGCAAGCUUUCUGCGACCCUGGAGGAGUGGAGGAGUUUUUCGAUGCCAGUCAGCCCAAUGUCGUCCGAGAGGAUGGCUGACCCAUUUCAGCAUCGCUCGAAGCUCGGUGUUACACGAAGUCACGCGCCAUGUCAUAAGACAGCGAGGUGA